AGAGAUUUUCUGUUGGAUGGUAAAAGCAAGGAAUAAAAAUUGAAAAUUUGGAAAAUGUCUCAACACUUUUAUCACCAGAACCACACAAGAGUCAUUUCUAGCUCACUGUUUGAGAAUGUGUCGCUGCUGUUCUAUGAGACGUUAUGGAAAUUUCAGAGGAAAGAUACUCAGUGUCAGGCAUUUGUGAAGAGAGUUAUAAUGAGUCGUCUCUUUAAGAUAAUUAUGAUCAGCACCGUCUCAACGAAUGCCUUUUUUAUGGUCUUGUGGACUGAUUAUAAAACAAGAUACAACUUGUUCAGACUUUUUGAGGUAUCAGAGCUCAUCUUCGUGUCCAUCUAUAGCUCCGAGUUCUGCAUGAAGCUCUACGUGGACCCCAUCAACUACUGGAAGGAUGGCUACAACCUGCUAGAUGUGAUCAUUAUCAUCAUCAUCUUCAUCCCCUACAGUCUCCGCAAGAUCAAGGGCAAGCACUACCCCUACCUCAACAUCGCCGAUGGCGUGCAGUCCCUGCGCAUUCUCAAGCUCAUCCCCUAUAGCCGCGGCAUCCGGACACUCAUCACUGCCGUGGGGCAGACAGCCUGCACCGUGGCCUCCGUGCUCGUCCUGCUCUUCGUCCUGAUGUACGUCUUCGCUGUCCUGGGCUUCUGCCUAUUUGGAGUUCCAGAGAGUGCUGACCUGAAUAACUGGGGGAACCUGGCUCUGGCCUUCUUUACCCUCUUCAGCUUGGCCACGGUGGAUGGCUGGACAGACCUGCAGCAGCAGCUGGAUGCCCGGAAUUUUACUCUGAGCCGUUCAUUCACCAUCAUCUUCAUCUUGCUUGCCUCCUUCGUCUUCCUUAGCAUGUUCGUGGGUGUGAUGAUCAUUCACACUGAGGACUCUGUCAAAAAGUUUGAGCGGGAGCUGAUGCUAGAGAGACACAUGACACUCAUGGAAGAAAAGCGUGUGAUUUUGAAGCGGCAGCAGGAGGAGGUCAGCAAGCUGAUGCAGACACAGAAGAAUGUUGACCACAAAAGUUUCACUGAGCUGGUGGAGAAGUUUAAGAAGACCCUGCGGCACACUGACCCCAUGGUCUUGGAUGAUUUUGGCACUAGCCUACCCUUCAUUGAUGUCUACUUGUCCACUCUGGACAACCAGGAUGCUACCAUCUACAGGCUUCGGGAGCUGUAUUACGAGACCGUGCACGUGCUGAGCCUGAUGCUUGAAGACUUGCCCCAGAAGAAGCAGCCCCAGUCCUUGGAGAAGGUCGAGGAGAAGUAAUGGAUGUGGACACCCAGGCACCGAGGGCCUCGCAGGCUGCGACACCCUGUCCCGCCAACUAAACACGGGUUUUCUGAGUCGGCCUCUU